AGAAAAGAAGGGCUUGAAACAUUUUCAUUUACUCCUCUCCUCCCCAUUACACAAACGCAAACGCGCACACAACCAACCAAAAGGGCACAAAAAAAAAAAGGAACCAUUUUUGUUGUUUAGAUUUAGAUUCCUCCGAAAAAUGGUCCUCCUCUAAUUUCCAUUGGAUUGUUCAUCUCAUUCAGCUUCCCCAGCUAAACAAAUUUCAUUGCCAUCUCAACCUCUUCACUAUCUUUGUCUGUUCUCAGUUUCAUUUAUUUUGUUUGCUGAUUUUUGUGGGGACUUUUGAGGCAGGGAGCUCUUCUGGGUCUCUCUUGACUUUUGCUUGCUUCUGCAAGAAUUCUGUUCUGGGUGGGUUCUUGCAGGGCAGCCUUCAGAAGGCUUUUAACUCACUGAAUCCAUUCAACAAUUUUGCCUUUUUUUUUUUUUUCCUCCUGGGGUCAAGUUUAUAUCUUUCACCAAAUUGAUUGAGUCGUGUUGCCUUUUGCUUUUCCUCUGGGCUUCCCUUGAAUUUGUUUGGUAGAGAGAGAGAGAGAGAGAGAGAGAUGGGCAAGCAGGGUCCUUGCUAUCACUGUGGAGUUACAAGCACCCCUCUUUGGCGCAACGGGCCUCCAGAGAAGCCUGUGCUUUGCAAUGCAUGUGGAUCACGGUGGAGAACAAAGGGGACGCUGCUAAACUACACCCCUCUGCACGCCCGUGCAGAACCUGAGGAAAUCGAGGAUAAGAGAACCGUGGCAAUGAAGAGCAUGUCCUUAAACACAAAGGACAAGGAAGUGAAGCUCCUAAAGAGAAAACAAGAGGGCGAGAAUUUGGUGAUUGGAGGGGCUAUCCCCGAUUAUGGCCACAACUUUCAGAAGGGAAUUGUGGAUGAGGACACAAGCAACCGGUCUAGUUCGGGUUCAGCUGUUUCGAAUUCUGAGAGUUGUGCACAGUUUGGCGGUCCUGAGGGUAGUGAUUUGACAGGUCCUGCUCAAUCAGUUGUAUGGGACACGAUGGUACCUUCUCGUAAAAGGACAUGUGUGAAUCGUCCUCCAAAGCAAUCUCCGGUCGAGAAACUCACUCGAGAUCUCUACACUAUACUACAGGAGCAGCAAUCUUCUUGCUUUUCUGGCACUUCCGAAGAGGAUUUGCUCUUGGAGAGUGAAACUCCAAUGGUCUCUGUUGAGAUAGGGCACGGAUCAGUCCUCUUUAGACAUCCCAAUGAAAUAGUGCGAGAAAAGGAACAUGUCUCACUUCUCUUUAGAAGUCCAAAAUCGGUUGUUCGAGAAGAGGAAUCAGAAGCCAGUUCUCUCUCGGUUGAGAACAAACUAUGCAGAACCAAUGAUGUUUAUUCACUUCCUAUACAUAAAAAUAGCAAAGGCCCUGCAAAUGCAGGAGCAGAGAUAUUUAAGGGCCCUCCCGGGCAUGGAAUGGAACAAGGAAACCUCAAAAGGGAGAAGUCACAGCAUGAAAAAGGACACGUUUUAAGCAACCGAAACUCGCCACUAUGUCACGUCGAUCUUAGCGAUGUGGCAAAUUUUGAGGAGUUUGCAACGCACCUGUCUUACGAAGAGCAGCAGCAGCUCUCGAAAUUGUUGCCUGCAAUAGAUGUGUCAAAUCCGCCAGAGAGUCUCAAGGAGAUGUUUGGUAGCUUGGAGUUCAAGGAGAACUUAACUUCCUUCCAACAGUUGCUUGCAGAAGGUGUUUUUGAUGUUUCCCUUUCAGGAGAAGAAGCAGAAGACUAUAAGGCUCUGAGGAAGCUUGCUUUGUUCAGUUCAGCGAAAUGCAAAUGGGUGGAGCUCCGAUACCGCCUGAAGGAAGGCAAGAGCAGUUCCGGAGGGCCUCGUGUUAUUGGACCCCAGAGCUCAGUAACAAGUAAGCUAGGUAAUGGAAAGAGAUCAGAGGGCAUUCAGAGACCAAAUUAUCCAGAUGUGAAGGUGACCACAAAGAACCCGAAAAAGGUGGCCAUGAAAGGUGGCUUUGAGAACAAGGAAGGUGGCAUGGACAGUGACAGCUCUUGCUUCAGCCCCAAAAACCUCUUUGCAGUGCCCUCCGAUGGCAACUCUUUCCUGCUCCAUUCGCUUCAUCCCACUGACGAGAACUCUGAGCAAGAUCUGCUCUUAGAUGUGCCAUCAAACAGCUCGUUCCCGCAAGCAGAGCUUCUGCAUCCUUCUAGAAGUCUCGGGUCCUGACGUUGGCUUGAUAACUGGAAGCCUUGGUGCAAUCUUUGGACCAUGCUGGAUAUUGGGACUCGGUCUGAGGAGGCCGGGCAAGAAAGUCUGUAAAUUAGGCUUGACGUUAGUCUAUUUUGGAUUUUCAUCUUUCGAACUUGGAAUGUUAAAGGAUGAAUCUGGGUGGGCUUUUUUGUAUAGGAUGACUCAAGUUGUAGUACAUAGCUCAAGAAUGCCGAAGAGAUGGUAAUUUCCAGAAUCCGAUAUGUUACUUCAGUCA